CGAGCUCUCCUUCAAGGUGCUUCUCCUGCCCCACCCGCAUCCUCCCACUUCGGCCUGCAUCCAACGCAUCCAAAGCAUCACGCCGACGAAAAAUCAAAAAAGGGAACUUGGAAAGUCCGUAACCAUACAAACAAACAAUCACAUACAAUGCCUCCUCCGCCUUCUGCCUACGGUGCUCAGCAACCCUCUACUUUCGAUAAGAUGAAGAUGGGAGCGUUGAUGGGAACCAGUGUUGGUUUGUGUGUUGGGUUUCUCUUUGGUGGCUGGAACCUCCUCACCAACGGCCCCGGCCCCAAUGGAUUCCUGAGAUCAUUGGGUAAGUCGAUGGUCGGAAGUGCCGCGACGUUCGGUUUCUUCAUGUCGAUUGGAUCUGUGAUCAGAACACAGCCGGCGUUGACGAGUAAGGAGUGGGAGCAGGCGGUGAGGUAUCCUGUUAUUGUGGCGGAGAGGAAGUAAGUGGAGGGAAGGGAAUGGGACGUGUACGAUGAGAGGGAACUAAAGGAAGUGCAUAUUUGAAGUGAUGAUGAUGGAUUGAGAGGAGGGAAGGCGGGAAAGCAUGAGCAAGAUACCAAUAGGGAGUGGAGGCGAUUUCAUUUAUCAGAGCGAUAUGAACGAUUUACAGGGACGGAGGGUGUGCAUUCGCUACGUAUACUCAAUUCAAUUAUGGAGAACUACACCGAUCUAUCCCGUAUGG